AUGAGCCUCGCCUGUCUACCAGAAGAGGAGAUCCCCAAGUGCAGGGGUCCCCGGGGUCCCUCUGCAGGUCUCCGACUGGAGGAAACGACAGGGAAAGCAGCGAAGAACAAGUGUGCAGGCAUAGGAGGCGGUUUCUGGGGGCUUGUCAACAAUGCAGGAAUAUCAACAUUUGGCGAGACAGGGUGGCUGUCUAUGGAGAAAUAUGAAAAAUUUGCAGAUGUGAAUCUCCUUGGGAGCAUCAGGACAACCCUGGCAUUUCUGCCCCUUCUAAGGAAAUACAAGGGACGUAUUGUUUUCAUGUCCAGCAUUAUUGCCUAUUUCGCUCUGGGAAAUGGCAUUUAUUCUAUGACCAAGGCUGCUAUUGAAAAAUUUUGUGACGCUCUAAGACUGGAAAUGAAGAAGUUUGGUGUGCGGGUCUGUAUUAUUCAGCCAGGAAAUUAUGCACGCUCUACAAAAAUUCAGCCACCAGUCAGUGCCGAAGAGAUUUGGAAUGAACUCAGUGAAGAGGAAAAGGCAGUUUACAAUAAGGAGUAUGUGCAAGAGCGGGCAAACUUUUUCAACAGCAUACUCAGUGAAGGAAGCCCUAACGGCAAUGAAGUUGUAGAUGCUAUGGUAGAUGCUUUAACGUCUCCUGCACCCAAGGCACGUUACAUGGUAGCAAAGCUGAAAGAAAAAGCACUGGUGCUUGUGUGUGCUUUAUUCCCAACCGUUGUGAUGGAUUCCAUUUUGUCUUAUGCUCUAAGUAAAGUAAAACUUGCAUAG